AUGGAAAUCUCUGACCUUGCUGCACAGAAUCUCCUCUAUGCUGCUCCCACUAUUAUUACAGUAGAUCCCACCGUUCAGACUUCUCCGCUGAAUUUCACAGGUUGUGGUGUAGGAGGGCCUACCCUGUCUGGCAAAAUAGUAGGGGGAACUGCUGCUUCUCUUGGUGCUUGGCCAUGGCAGGCCAGUCUACAUGUGAAUGGUUAUCAUAAAUGCGGAGCCUCGUUGAUCAGUGAUUCCUGGCUCGUUGCUGCUGCUCAUUGUUUUAAUGUGUUCUCUAAUGCCAAUCAGUGGACUGUUGUCUUAGGAACCAUUUAUUCAAGCUCAGGAACCCGGUUACAAGUCCAGGAAAUAAUUAUUCAUGAAAAUUACACCAUGUUAACUCAAAGAAAUGAUAUUGCGCUACUUAAAUUGUCUGUUCCAUUAAACUUCACAAAGUAUGUUCGGCCAGUAUGUCUACCAGAGACAUCAGAUGUGUUUCCUGACAACUCUUCUUGCUAUGUUACUGGAUGGGGAGCACUUAAAGAAGGGGGUGGGCCAUCUUCAAUUCUGCAACAAGCGGAGGUAAAGAUCAUUAGUACAGCUCAGUGUAGCAGUGCAGAAAUGUAUGGAAAUAAGAUAGGACCCUCAAUGAUAUGUGCAGGCUACGUGGAAGGCACAGUUGACUCCUGUCAGGGAGACUCUGGAGGACCUCUAGUCGCAAAACAAUCUAGUGGUACAUGGGUUCUUGCCGGAAUUGUGAGCUUUGGAUAUGGAUGUGCUUUACCCAAUAAACCUGGCGUGUAUGCCAGAGUAAGUUACCUACGCAACUGGAUUACAAAUAACUCUGGUCUAUAACAGCGACUCAG